AUGUCCACCCCUCAAUUCAAAUUAGUCUGUUUAGGUAACCCACUUUUGGACCUCCAAACUAAUGUCGAUAAAUCCUAUUUAACCAAAUACGAUUUAAAAGACAAUGAUGCCAUCUUGGCUGAAGAUAAACAUUUGCCAAUCUAUGAAGAAAUCUUGCAAAAACCCGACUUGAUUCUCGUUGCAGGAGGUGCGGCUCAAAAUACCGCUAGAGGUGCUCAAUACAUCUUGCCUCCUCAAUCAGUGGUUUAUUUCGGUUCUGUUGGUAAUGAUGUUUAUGCCGAACGGUUAAAUGAAGCUAAUGAAGCAUAUGGAUUGACCACCAAGUACCAAGUGCAACAAGAUUAUGCAACUGGUAAAUGUGCUGCUUUGAUUUAUGAUCAUCAUCGGUCAUUGGUUACUGAUUUAGCAGCAGCAAAUCAUUUCAAGCCAGAACAUUUACAAAAACCGGAGAAUUGGGCCAUUGUCGAAAAUGCUCUGCAUUACUACGUUGGUGGUUUCCAUUUGACCGUGUCACCAGAAGCGAUUUUACUUUUGGGUAAAGAAGCAGCUAAACACAAUAAACCAUUGGCUUUGAAUUUCAGUGCUCCUUUUAUUGCUCAAUUCUUCAAAGAUCAAUUGGAUUCGGUGUUACCAUACGUCGAUUACGUAAUUGCUAAUGAAUCAGAAGCUGAAGCAUAUGCUCAAUCACAUGAUUUGAAAGUUGAUUCCAAGGAUGUGGUUGCCAUCGCCAAGGAGAUUGUUAAAUUACCCAAAGAAAAUAAACAAAUUCCACGUACUGUCAUCUUCACUCAAGGUACUGAACCAACAGUGACGGUAACUGAUUUGGGUAAUGGUGAAGUCGAAGUUCAUCAAUACCCCGUGGCUCCAUUGGCCAAAGAGCAAGUUGUUGAUACUAAUGGUGCUGGUGAUGCUUUUGCUGCUGGGUUCAUUGCUUCUUUGGUACAAGGUAAAUCAUUGGCUCAAGCGGUUGAUGUGGGUCAAUGGGCAGCCAAGUUGUCUAUUCAACAAGUUGGACCAACUUUCCCAUUCCCAAAGAAAACAUAUGAGUAA